AUGUCAGUGACCAUUCAACCCCUCCUGGGGUCGCAGUACUCGCCGCUGCCCUCGGACAACCAAUGCAUCGACGGCAUUGGCUCUCAUGCACAUCAUACCUCCUAUGCAGGAGGCGGAGGAGGAGAAGGAGGGGUGCCGGACCCGCUUCCUCUUCGGCGUGACGGCGCGCUGGGCCAGUCAGCGAGCGGCUUGCAGUCGCUCCCAUCAAGUACUGGCUUCCGUUACCUGCCACACUCACACGGCCGCUCCGCCACGGCACAUGAUGGCGGCCAAUUUCAGCAGGCAGGAUCUGGCAUCUCCGACUCCAGCUCCGGCUCCAUCUCCACCAGCCCGCGCUCCAACGCUUCGUCUAUUGCCUUUUCUUCCUUUUCCCAGCCGGGGCUCUACUCGCACCAGUCGCUGUACAGCCAGCCCCAGGUCUACGGCAACCACGGCAGCUAUCAGCAACCGUUCGGCGUCUCGAACAUGUCGCGACGCAUGUCUGGAAUAACGGAUCCAUCGCAAUCCGGCAUGUUACCUCCGGCACGAUCACCAGGGAUGGGCAAUCCCGUGUCACCGUCGCUCAGUGCGACCGCAAGGGACAAUUAUACAACUUCGACGCCGCACCUCAACCGGCACGCUCUGUCGCCCCGCAGCCACGCCGAAUCCCUGAGCAGGACCUACACCUCCGUGCCCGACACCCCCCGCACCGUUCUAACUUCAGGUGGAACCCUCUCCCUCUCGCCGCCGAGCACUCUUCCUUACGGAGGUACAGGUGCAAGCAUGCUCUCCUACCAGGCCCAGCACGAUGCCCGCACCCAGCCCGAGUCCCCGCCUUUCUCCCCCCAGGAGAACUUCGGCGAGAUCACCGCGGGCGAGGGCCAGGCCGUCACGCCGCACAUCGAGUGCAAGGUUGAAAAAGGCUUCUUCUUCUCGAGCGACCGGACCUGGACCUGCUACCGUAGAAACUACUUCUCCGUCAAUUGCUCGUACACGUUGAACCCGCACGUCCCCAACAGCCGUCUCUUCCUCAGCCGCGGCGGCCGCAAUGGGCCAGAGCAGAUCCAGGCAAUGGCCGUCACCCUUUCUGCAGCCGUCGACGGCGCGGCAGGGAAAUCCAUCGAGCUCGUGCAGCACACCCCCAAGCGCGACAAGGGGCCGCAAUUGCAGAUCCAAAUGGAGAAACUGCUCCCGAUGCCUCCGGGCAAAGGAGCAGCUGAUACUCAUGGGUACCCGCUUCAGUUUACCCACAGUGCAACUGCUAUGGCGCCCCCGUUCCUCCCGCUGCAACAGGACGCGGAACAGUCGUACUCGCCAGCCGGCCAUUCAGCUACGAGCCAUCAGCACACGUUCGAACGCAUCCAGUUCAAGUCGGCUACGGCCAACAACGGCAAGCGGAGAGCGCAGCAACAAUACUACCACCUGAUCGUCGAGCUCUACGCAGACGUGCGACGGGCCAACGACACCCACCCUGAAUGGGUCCGCGUCGCGCAGCGGGUUUCUGCUGCCGUGGUCGUGCGUGGAAGAUCCCCGAGCCACUACCAACACGAGGGCCCACACAGCGCCAACUCGUCGCGUGGCGGGGGUGCGGGUAGCGGUGCUGGUGGUCCGGGACACGCGGCCUAUGGCGGCGCGGGCGCACCGGGCAGCGCCGGUCGCGGCAUGUCUAGCAGCCUUACCAUGCUCGGCAGUUCUGCGAUGGGCGGCAACGUGUAUCGGGCGGGUCACUAUCAGCUAGAUCCCAGCCCGGUCGGAAGCCAUUCCGUUAGCUCGGCGAGCUCGAUGAGCGGAGGGCCGGUGGAGGGCAUGGUGGGCGAGCAGACGGUCAUGGAAGAAGAGGAAAGCAAGGGUAUCGAGCCGUAUGAUGGUUACCAGUACUACCCCAGUCCGAUCGCAGAGGCGGGCCUUCCGAUCGGUACGAAGCAGGAGUUUGACCAUGCCAAGAGAGUCAAGGUUGAGUUCAGCGAGGCAUCCUUACCAUCGUCAUACAGCGUUGGCGGAUGCGGGCGGUACCAAGGAGUCGACACGAGCCGCGGAUAUUACCCAGACCUGAAUGCCACAGGUUAUUAG